GGAAAUAAGUUAGAAGCAUUACAAAUAUCGCCGAGCACGACUCCCAUUUCUUGUAAAAAAAAACAAAACCCCACACCUUUGCCAUGUUCAUCUCCCUCGCCGGACUGGUCCCCUUCCGCCAUGGCCCCUGACGGAAGAGAUUAGAAGGAUUUUACCAAGGCAAGUCGAUCUUGCACUCUAACCAGUAGCGCGGAGCAGGGUGGUCGAUCGAUCGAUCCGGUGGCCAAAUCAUGGCUGGCGGAGAAGGAAUCGGGCGGCCGCCGCCUGGGGUGGCGAAGGAGAGGGUGGAGCAGUACAGGGGAAGACUCACCCCCUUUGUCGUGAUGGCCUGCUUGGUUGCCGCCGUCGGAGGCUCCAUCUUCGGCUACGAUAUCGGAAUCUCAGGGGGAGUUACGAGCAUGGACCCGUUUUUGGAGAAGUUCUUCCCUGUUGUUUACCGCAACAAGAACUUCAAAUCGCACAACAAUUACUGCAAGUACGACAACCAGGGCCUCGCCGCCUUCACCUCCUCCCUCUACCUCGCCGGACUCGUCGCCUCCAUCGCUGCUUCCCCUGUCACCAGGAUCUAUGGCCGGCGCGCCAGCAUCGUUUGCGGCGGCAUCAGCUUCCUAGUCGGCGCCACCCUCAACGCCGCCGCACAGAACCUCGCCAUGCUUCUCCUCGGCCGCCUCAUGCUCGGCGUCGGAAUCGGCUUCGGGGAUCAGGCGGUUCCUCUGUACCUCUCGGAGAUGGCUCCGGCGCACCUCCGCGGCGGACUCAACAUGAUGUUCCAGCUCGCCACCACCCUCGGGAUCUUCUCCGCCAACAUGAUCAACUACGGCACCGAGAAGAUCAAGCCAUGGGGAUGGCGGCUCUCCCUCGGGCUAGCGGCCGUCCCCGCGCUCCUGAUGACCGUCGGCGGCGCGUUCCUUCCGGAGACUCCCAACAGUCUGAUCGAGCAAGGGCGGUACGAGGCCGGCCGCCGCGUCCUGGAGCGGAUCCGCGGCACGCACGAAGUCGACGCGGAGUUCCAGGACAUAGUCGACGCCAGCGAACUGGCGCGCGCCGUCGAACACCCCUUCCGCAACAUCAUGCAGCGGAGGAACCGGCCGCAGCUGGUGAUGGCCGUCUGCAUGCCCGCGUUCCAGAUCCUGACGGGCAUCAACGCCAUACUGUUCUACGCGCCGGUGCUGUUCCAGAGCAUGGGCUUCGGCGGGAACGCGGCGCUGUACUCGUCGGUAUUGACCGGAGCAGUGCUCGCCUCCUCCACGUUCGUCUCCAUUGCCACCGUGGACCGGUGGGGGAGGAGGGCUCUGCUAAUCGGCGGCGGCAUACAGAUGAUCAUUUGCCAGGUCGUCGUCGCCAUUAUUCUCGGACUCAAGUUCGGAGACGACAAGCAGCUCUCGAAAGAAUUCUCGGUUACCGUGGUGGUGGUGAUUUGCCUCUUCGUCGCUGCCUUCGGGUGGUCUUGGGGGCCGUUAGGGUGGACGGUGCCGAGUGAGAUCUUCCCAUUGGAGACGCGGUCAGCUGGACAGAGCAUCACGGUGGCCGUCAACCUUCUGUUCACCUUCGCAAUCGCUCAGGCCUUCCUGAGCCUCUUGUGCGCCUUCAAGUUCGGGAUUUUCCUGUUCUUCGCCGGGUGGAUCAUCGUUAUGACCAUCUUCGUCUACUUCUUCCUCCCAGAGACGAAGGGGGUGCCGAUAGAGGAGAUGAUAUUCCUGUGGAGGAAGCACUGGUUCUGGAGGAGAAUCAUGCCGCCGGUUGAGGCGCAGGAAGACAAAAAUCAAAUGGUGCAAUGAUGCAAUCAAUACAUGGUUAUACACUGAAAGCCAAGGCUAAUCCUUUUUCUCUUUUAUGUAAAAACAAAUAAAAUUCUAGGGUUGUGAAAGGUUAUUUGAGUUAUGUGGAGUCUAAAUAUAAUCUAAGUUACUGAAAUGGUGGUUUGAGUUUAACUUGUAUCGUUUCAAAUUUAAGUUUAGUCUUAUUUGAUGGUAUUAAAAAUUUUAUA